UGAAAACUUGUUUACCUUUCGCAUCUGUCUUCUGUCAGUCAGUCAGCUUCAUAAAGCAUAGGGUACAGAUUAAUUGUUCCUUAACGGCAGUGGAAGAAUAAUUAGUUGAGAAUUGUGAAGAGAUUUUUUUGUUCGAGCCUAUCGUAUUUCAGAAUAACAGUGCCCUCCAAUAUGCUGCUGACACUAACAGAUGACCACAAAAAGCAUUUAAGUUUGUUGAUUGCUCAAACUCCUCAAGUUUUGCAAGACUUCUGCAAGCUGGCACUGGACUUCCUACGUAAAGGUGCAAACAUGAAGUUGUACCAUACUGCUGCAAAUAAACUUGGGGUUCAGCCAGAAGCAAUACGAAAUGUUGUUGAGGGACUUGUCAACCUGCUUGUAGAAAGCAGUAAACAUGAGCUUACUGCAGCUGACUUUAAGGACACUCUAGUAACACUGGGGUUUACUGACCAGCAUCAAGAAGUGCUAUGUUCAUUUUAUGAAGGAGUGAAGUCUGAGAUCAGAGAUGUUCUCUCUAAUAUGACAGUUAGUCUUCCACAUUAUAAAAAUCUUGAAUGGAGGUUUGAAGCUCAAGUAGCAUCAAGAUCAUUAAUGCAACAGGUAACUCCCCUUAUAACAAUGAAUCUUACAUUGACAGAAGCUGGUAAGGGUGACAGCAAUAUUUGCCUUCAAACAGAUCCAAAUAAUUUACUUCAUAUUACACAAGUACUUGAAGAAGCACUCCGUGAAGCAAAGAGUCAGCACACACGCAGGGUUUUACGGAGCUUUAAAUAGAAAAUAUCUUGUUUGCUCUCUCUCACACCUGGUUACAGUGCUUUCAUAUUGAAAGCAAAUAUGUUGCUAAAUGUGGAGAUUACAGACCAGAAUUACAUGCAUAUUCUUACAGAAGAGUUGGUGCCAAAGAGAAAUGACAUGAUUUGGACAAAGUUCUGAUUGCUGGAAGCAGUACAGUUAUUGUAGUGUGUCUGGUAUCUGAAAUCAAAUGAGCAAGAGAUAAAUGACAUAUGUUAGAAGUAAUGGACAAUACUUUCCAGUGUUUUGCUCACAUUGUUACAUGCAUAAUUGCUUUUGUCUUUUUUUAGGUUUCAAAUGCUGUAAAGAGUAUAUAUUCCAAAUAAAAUAUAUGCUUUUUGUUUUUA